UAUAAGUUGUAAGGCAGAUAUUUCGUUGACCUACGCAUCACUGCGCGUAAAAAUCUUAAAUUUCCCACAUUUCCAUUCUAGCGAUCUAGGGUUCCUAUCUAUUCGUCAAAAUGGCCGAUUUUCCUCGUAAAAGGGAUUCUCAGUCCCACUCCCCAUGGAGAGAGCAGACCAGGUCACGGUCCAGAUCCAGAUCCAGAUCUAGAUCUAGACCCAGGUCUAGGUCUAGGUCUAGGUCUUGCUCCUGGUUAAGGCCUAGGCAUAGGUCCAGGUCACAUAGUCGGGGCAGGUCAAGGUCUAGAAGUCGUGGCAGGGCUGAUGCUGGAAAACCUGGAAACACACUUUAUGUGACGGGUCUAUCUCAAAGGGUCACAGAGAGGGACCUCGAAGAGCACUUCUCGAAGGAGGGAAAGGUUGCAUCAUGUUUUCUCGUUGUUGAACCUCGUACUCGCAUAUCACGUGGUUUUGCUUUUGUUACAAUGGACAAUAUUGAGGAUGCCAACCGCUGUAUUAAGUAUCUCAACCAAUCAAUUUUAGAGGGUCGAUACAUAACUGUGGAGAGGUCACGUAGGAAACGCCCAAGAACUCCAACUCCGGGGCACUAUCUUGGACUGAAAAAUACCAGGGAUUAUGGUCGUGGUGAGCGUGGCAGGUAUCGUGGUGGCCGUGAUGACUAUGGAUAUCGUCGAUCUCCAAGAUGCUCACCAUACCGAGGUCGUGAUUACUCUCCAAGAUAUUCUCCUCGAGGUGGAAGAGCAAGGGUGGAGCGUUCUUAUUCACCUUAUUCUCGUGGUUCACGAAAGCAGCUUCAAGGUUUCCAGCCCUGGAUAGUGGAGUUGUCUUUGCAGUUAAUCCCCAUGAACUGCUUGUGUCACCACAACAAUGGCCGGUUAGAACCUAUCUCAAUUGUCAGCGGAGUACCGUUUACCUGGUCGACAUGUUUCUGGGCUAUUCUGAGGCUGGGCUUGGCGACAGGUCUUUGUUUCUCAUGCCUUUCAUUGGGCUUAUGGCUUGUCAGGUCACUCCCCGCCCGCAGAUAAACUAAAGAGCAGUUCCCCGUAAAAUUCAUGCCCCAACCAGAAUCUCAGGCCGGAUCCACAUCAAGGUCCACAUAAUCGAAGGACAGAAGGAGUAAACGACCCAAU